UAUGAUUUGGCAAGAUAUAUUAUGUGGAAGAGAUUGAAAACAAAAAAUUAUAUUUACUUACAUGACAUGACACCAAAGAUUGAGGCACAAAUUUUAGGCCUCAUUGAGCCACAAAUCUUAGGCCUCAUUAAUGCCCCUUAUCAUUGGCCAACCACACUCACAUAUUUAUUGUAUACUAGCUAUCUAGAUCCCUAUAGUUUGUUAUAUAAAUACCAAGUCCUGAUUUCCACUUAGUACCAUUUAGAGAGGAAAGAAAGAAAAAGAAGAAUGGUUGAGGUUGAGGGAGUCCGAAUUCCGAGAGUGCAACUAGGAAAUCAAGGAUUUGAGGUUUCCAAGUUGGGAUUUGGGUGUAGACGGCUUACUGGGACAUACAACGAAGCUGUAGUUAGUGAAGAGUUUGCAUUAUCAAUCAUCAAGCACGCAUUCGAUAAAGGAAUAACAUUCUUUGACACAGCAGAUCUCUAUGGACCACAUACCAAUGAAGUUUUAGUUGGAAAGGCAUUGAAGCAAUUGCCUAGAGAUAAAGUUCAGUUGGCUACAAAGUUUGGUAUUGUAAGAAUUGAGCCUGAUGAAACUAGGAUAAUUAAUGGGACUCCUGAGUAUGUCCGCUCCUGUUGUGAGGCUAGCCUAAAGCGCCUUGAUGUUGACUAUAUUGAUCUUUACUAUCAGCAUCGCGUAGACACAUCAGUUCCAAUAGAGGACACUAUGGGGGAACUAAAGAAGCUGGUGGAAGAGGGGAAGAUAAAAUAUAUUGGAUUAUCUGAAGCUAGUCCAGAAACAAUUCGGAGGGCACAUGCAGUUCAUCCCAUUACGGCUAUACAAAUGGAGUGGUCUCUUUGGAGUCGCGAAAUUGAGGAAAAAUUUGUCCCACUUUGCAGGGAACUUGGAAUUGGGAUAGUGCCAUACCACCCCCUUGGUCGUGGAUUUUUAGCUGUAGAUGGUCUACCUGAAGAUAGCUUUUUGCGUUCAACUCCUCGUUGUCAAGGAGACAACCUCAAGAAAAAUAAGAUCCUUCAAGGUAAAGUACAGAACUUGGCUGAAAAAUAUGGAUGCACCCCUGCACAACUAGCACUUGCGUGGCUCAUUGAUCAACCCGAUGUCUGCUGUGUGCCUGGUGUUGUACCUAUAUUUGGCACAACCAAGACUAUAAAUAUUGAUGCUAAUGUUGGUUCUGUGAGAGUGAAUCUAUCUAAAGAAGAUAUACAAGAGAUAUCUGAGGCAAUACCUAUCAAUGCAGCGGCAGGGUACAGGCUACCAGACUACUUACUUUCCUGUCUUUGGCAGUUUGCAGAUACACCACCAAAAGCUAUCAAGCCAUGCGAUCAAAAGAAGCCAACAUAGAUGACUGGGAUUUUGUAUUAUUUGAGGGUUUGGUUUACAUGUCCCCCUCUCUCUCGUUACUUUUGUUUCUCUCUUAUCUUCAAUAAAUUACUCACUUUGUUGAGGCUUGCCAAAAAAAAAAAAAUGAUGGCUUGUAAUAAGAGAUCGUUUAGGUCUUCCUAGUUUUCGAUUUCGCUAGUUUGUAGUUUUCUGGUUGUUCUUGAAGAGGGAUGUCUCUUCAAUUUUUUG